UUUCAGGAAGAUUCCCACCAGAGACCAUUUGUAUCGAACAUCAUCAACAGACUGGCCAAUUACGAAGGUGGCAUCCUACCUCAGAUGAGUGAAGAUGAAGAGGAGGGAAACAACAAAAAAAAACCAAUACCGAAGAGUACCAAGCUAGGAACAAUGAUGGGUGUGUAUUUUCCUUGUAUUCAGAACAUUUUUGGUAUAAUUUUCUUCAUCCGAUAUGCCUGGGUCAUCGGGAUGGCUGGAUGGCUGCAAGCACUCAUCAUCGUCCUUCUCUGUUGCUUAUGUGCUCUGAUAACAUCAAUAUCAAUGAGUGCCAUAGCAACGAAUGGUGUAGUGGCAGGUGGUGGUUCGUACUUUAUGAUAUCCAGAGCACUCGGGCCAGAAUUUGGUGGUGCUGUUGGGGUAUUGUUCUAUCUGGGGACAACUGUUGCUGCGUCCCUUUAUGUGGUCGGGGCUGUCGAAAUAUUUCUCCAAUACAUGGUGCCACAAGCGACGAUAUUUCGCCCGCUAUCUGAUCCGAGCAAUGCAUUCAACAACUACCGAAUAUACGGCUCGGUUUUGUUUCUAAUAAUGUUUGUGUGGGUCCUCAUCGGUGUGAAGUUUGUCAGCAAGGUGUCUGUCCUGGCCCUCUUCUGUGUCAUCCUGUCCAUCAUCAGCAUCUACAUUGGCUACUUUUUUGAUGUAAGGUGUUUGAUUUUUAUUAGGAUAUGUUUGGUUGGAGAUAGGUUGAUGUCCCACGAGAAAGUGCCCUUAGCAGAUUGCUACAAGAACAUUUCUGAUCCGACCAGUCGGCUCUUUGUUAUGUACUGUGGCUUCAACCAAUCAGAAUCCGAUUCACCUGAUUGUAAAUAUUUCAAGAACAAUGAUGUCAUCCUCAAGCCUGGAAUACCUGGAUUGAUGAGUGGAAUAUUUAAAACAGAUCAAACAUCUUCGAAGUAUUCGGACGUGGGUGAUCGUGUUGGCAGCACCGAGGUUGGCGACAAGAACAAGGGGGACGUUAUCUCCGAUAUCUCAUCCAACUUCCUCAUUCUCAUCGGAAUCAUUUUCCCCGCUGUCACUGGAUUCAUGUCAGGCUCCAACAGAUCAGGUGACCUGUCUGAUGCACAGAAGAGCAUCCCGGCCGGAACCAUCGGAGCCGUGUGCACCACGUCACUCAUGUACAUAACAAGUGUCCUAUUGAUUGCUGGAUGUGUUGAGGGCCAGUUGCUCAGAGACAAAUUUGGUGAGAGCAUAGGUGGAGGGCUGAUCCUGGCGACCAUAGCCUGGCCGACACACUGGAUCGUCAUCAUCGGGGCGUUCCUGUCCACAUGUGGCGCUGGUCUGCAGAGUCUCGUCGGGGCUCCCCGUCUCCUGCAGGCCAUUGCAGCCGAUGGAGUGAUUCCCUUUCUGAACUUCUUCUCAGUGACCACCAAGCAGGGUGAGCCUGUCAGGGCUCUCAUAUUGACCGGUCUCAUUGCUGAAGUCGGCAUUCUCAUUGCCAACAUCGACAACUUCAUUUCACCUGUCAUCUCUGAGUUCUUCCUAAUGUGUUACGGGUUUGUGAACAUGGCCUGUGCAGUGCAAACAAUUCUCAGGACGCCUAACUGGAGACCUAGAUUCAGAUUUUAUCAUUGGAGUCUGUCAUUGCUUGGAGUGUUGUUGUGCAUGACGUUGAUGUUGAUGACGUGUUGGUACAUUGCCAUUGUUGCCAUAGUCAUUGCUGCAUUCAUCUACAAAUACAUUGAAUAUAAAGGGGCCGAAAAAGAGUGGGGUGAUGGCAUCAGGGGGCUUGCCAUGUCAGCUGCUCGGUUUGCCUUGCUGAGGCUGGAGGAAGGUCCACCACACGUGAAAAACUGGAGACCUCAGCUGCUCAUCCUCAUCAAACUGAAGGACACGUUGGAACCCAAAUAUCGAAAAAUGCUCACGUUCUCGACACAGUUGAAGGAAGGCAAAGGUUUGACUCUGGUUGGUUCAGUCAUUGAAGGCUCUUAUUCUGAAAAAUAUGCAGAUGCACAAGCCGCUAAACAAACGUUAUCAAAGAUUAUGAAGAGCGAGAAGGCGAGGGGAUUCGCGGAGGUCGUUGUAGCUGAGAGCAUGACUCAAGGUCUUUGCUAUUUAAUCCAAGGCUCAGGAGUGGGCGGGCUGACGCACAACACCGUGAUGCUGGGCUGGCCACAUGGGUGGAGGCACGAUGAAGAUGAGAAGUCAUACAAAGUAUUCAUAGAUACCCUGCGCAAUAUAAACACUGCUCAACUGGCCGCCCUCAUUGCCAAGGGCAUCGAUCAGUUCCCAGAAAACACUGAUAAGUUGGUGGGCACAAUUGAUAUCUGGUGGAUUGUGCAUGAUGGAGGACUUUUGAUGCUUCUGCCAUUUUUGCUCAUCCAGCACAAAGUCUGGAAACUGUGUAGCAUGCGCAUCUUCACUGUAGCUCAGAUGGACGACAACAUCGAUCAGAUAAGGAUGGAUCUUCAAACCUUCCUCUAUCACUUGAGGCUGAAGGCAGAAGUUUUUGUCGUUCCGCUGCCGGACAGUGCCAUCCGAGCUUACACCUACGAACGAGCACUGAUCAUGGAGCAGAGAUCGGCCAUGAUGAAGGAGAUGAGGCUGAAGAGGAAGAGGCUAAGGAACAUGGUAAGGGUCAUUAUAGGUCUUCAUCAACAAUCACCUUCACCUUCAACUCCAGACGAAGAUUAUCAAGAUACUCAGACCCAGGCAUUCGAUAAGGUUGAUGGAUGGAGUGAAGAAAAUGAUAAGAGGGAUGAGUUCAAUGAGGAACUGUUGAGCAUCAAACCGUUAGUUUCUGUUUCAGUCAUCAAAGAUAAGCAGAACGUGAGACGAAUGCACACAGCAGUGCAGCUGAAUGAAGUGAUCGUUGAGAAGUCGCACGACGCCCGCCUCGUCAUCCUCAAUCUGCCGGGUCCUCCAAAGUCGUCUGCUGGCGAGGAGAACUAUAUGGAGUACCUGGAAGUUCUGACGGAAGGUAUCGACAGGGUACUGAUGGUGAGGGGAGGAGGCAGAGAAGUUAUCACCAUUUACUCCUGA